AUGACCGUCAAUGGCUCUGCCCCAGUGGUUGCUGCGGCGCCUUUACCCGUCAAUGGCGAGGCUGUGAAGCCCGAGGCUGUCCCGGCCUCUACCCAGAUGCAAAAUGACCAGGACUACCCAACCUCCGCCGCCGAAGGCCUGAUCCAGAAGCCAUUCCCUAGGCCGCUCGAGAGCGCCAAGCCCACGAAGCCCGCAGAGCUCACCGCGGACCAACAAUCCAAGUACGAGGCUGUCCUGAAAACCGUUUCGUCCUGGACGACCGUCCCCAACACGUCCGCGCGUAAUGCCCCGACAGACCCGAUCACCGAUGAUGAACGCAUGUGGUUAACUCGCGAGUGUCUUCUCCGCUAUCUCCGCGCAUCCAAGUGGAAUGUUGCCCAGGCCGAACAGCGCCUUCAGGGCACCCUGACGUGGCGUCGGGAAUACGGAAUGGAGAAGUUGACACCCGACCACAUCUCGAUUGAAAACGAGACCGGAAAGCAGGUCAUCUUGGGGUUUGACAUCCACGGCCGUCCAUGCCUUUAUCUGAUCCCCUCAAACCAGAACACCGAGAAGAGCGAACGCCAAAUUCAACAUCUCGUCUUCAUGCUUGAGCGAGUCAUUGAUCUCAUGGGCCCUGACCAAGAGACGCUGGCGCUCAUUGUCGACUUCAGUUCCACGAAAUCUGGCCAGAAUGCGUCCAUUGGACAAGCAAAGGAGACCUUGAACAUUUUGCAAAACCAUUACCCGGAGCGAUUGGGACGUGCCCUUGUGCUUAAUGUACCUUGGAUCAUCUCGGGCUUUUUCAAGUUGAUCACGCCCUUCAUUGAUCCCCAGACUCGUGAAAAAUUGAAGUUCAAUGAGGAUCUGAGCCAACAUGUCCCGGCCGCGCAGCUCAUGAAGUCUGUGGGUGGUGAUGUUGAGUUCCGCUAUGACCAUUCUAUUUACUGGCCCGCGCUGAACAAGUUAGCCGAGAAUCGACGCAACUUGAUCCGUGAGCGCUGGAUCCAAGGCGGCAAGCAGAUUGGCGAAUUCGAGAAUUACCUCAAGGGCGAGGACAUCCCAAGCGUGUCCCAGACUCAGGCGUCUGUUACAGAACAGGCAUAA